AUGGACGAGUCCUCUAUCGUGGUGACUAUUCUAUCUUGGUACAAACGGAUCUUCUGUAUUGACAUCACCAGGCUGUCCACCCAUCCAGGCCAAGUCCUAAUGACAAACACUUCGGCUCGAAUCUGGUUUCUUGAUGUGUUGCCGGUAUCUCCUCUGUUCGGGUACUACCUCACCAUCUCAGUAGCUAAAUUUCAUGAUAAAUGGAAUGAGGCUGAUCUGGAGAUCUCUGUUUACUCAUGGAAACGCCACGUACCAAAGUUGCGCAAUCUGGUAGAACACACCAAAGCAACGCCGGAGAGACUUCUCUACGUUAGAGAAACUCUCGGAUCUCUCAUGUCUCAGACCAACUAUUUGUACAAUUUCAACUUCGGGAAAGUCACCAUCACAGACCCAAGCGACAUCAUGGUCGAAAUCAAACUCUCAGGCGCAUCAUUCAGUCGCGGAGGUCUAAUUCUCGGAACCGUUCAAUUCCACUUAGAGCCAGACUUCGAUCUUCGAGGCAUCAAUCAACUUGAAUCUCAUCCAAAUCUCCCGGAUAUCCAGAUCAUCAAACCUCGCAACGGAGAGGAUCCUGCGGACGUUUCAGAGCUAUCACCCUGGUAUAUCCUCCCGCGCAAACUUUCCGAAUUCUUCCCGUGGUAUCAACUUUCGCCGCGUUGUUUCCACUGGCACAAAUCACGCUGUCCAGAUUACCGAGACUUUGAUCUCAACGGUGUAUUUCUCACCCCUCAACGGGCCAGCUGGCUGAUUUUCUUCAUCCUCUGCACUGCUGUCUAUUUUGCCAUCUCAGUACGGCCCGAUCGAUGGUGGUGGUACGUUUUGUUUAUUUUUGUAUUCAAUGUCGCAGCAAGAGAAAAGUUCGUGCGGCGAGCAGAAAUAUUCCCUGCUUGGGAGGAGGCUUUGGCUAGUCGUGGGUAUGGGACGAUGCGUCGGCAGAAAGAACAACUUGUUCCCAAACUGUUGCGGGUCUGGUUGGCGGUGAUCAUGAAUCAGGAGCAGUAUGUACUACUUGUAUAUUGCUUUUUUCAUGAUUUUCGCUCGGCUGGGAUCAUUCUCGCAGGGCAUGCGUUCAUUUGUUUUGUGGCUCGAAAUCAAUUGGCGAACGAGACAUGGAAGUAUCAUGUCUUGUGCCCGCUGGGACUUGAAAUGGAGUUAAUCCUUGUUGUAUUGGUAACGCAGGCUCUGAAAGCAAUUACUGGUCUAUAG